AUGCAUGUAACGUUAUACCAGGAGUGCGGCUAUGGAAGGCGAACAGCCAGAGGGGAAUCGGCGCUGCUGUAUAGUAAUUGGGAUAUAUACCUUAUAAAAGUGCAUGUGAGCGGCGCCGGUAACUUCUUCGAUGGCGGCGUGACUGACCGGUUUGACGAGGGCGUGAGGGUGGGGAAUGACUACAACCAAGACGACAUCAGGCAGAUCAACCCGCAGAUGUUCAACGGCGCCGUGGACAAGCUCAUCCUAGACGCCGGCGAAAGGGCCAAGAUCCUCACACACGUCGUCUGUCCGUCCCUCCGUGGCCUACGGCCCGCCAUCGGGCCCGGCGUCCCGGCUCGGCGUCGGCUACACCAUCUUCACCGAGAACGCGAAGCAGCUCGGCUUCGUGCCGUCCACCUAGCAGACCUAACCCCCUUCCUCCAAGAAAUAACCAUUCACGCAGCCCGCGCCGCCAGCACCACCACCGCCUCCGCCCCGGACACCGCCCUCAGCGCCUACGCGCGCUACUACAUCGCCAGCGCCAUCGCCAGCGCCGACCCACCCGUCUCCUGGCGCGCCCUCACGUCCACGUUGGCGCACGCCAUGGACUACCGGUACGAGGCGCGCGGCGUGCGGUCCGUGGCCGAGGCGGGCGUCGGCGCGGUGCUCGGGGCGAACAUGUUAAGUACCCGGCGACCGCGCGGCGCGGAUGGGUUCACGGGUGGCUUGGGGGAGGGGGGUUUUGGAACAGAUGGAGGUCGAUUUGGAGGGGGUUGUGGUUUGAGGGGGUUUAUGCUUUGA